AUGGGGAAGUCCACUACGUUGGAGGCUUUGGUAAGAUUUUGUGAUGCAGUUAAAACUCUGUACACUAGGGACUACCUACGUAGACCUACUCCGAGGGACCUCCAACGGCUUUUACAAAAAGCCGAAGCUCGAGGAUUUCCAGGAAUGAUUGGCAGCAUCGACUGCAUGCACUGGCAAUGGAAGAAUUGCCCAACUGCCUGGCAAGGUGAUUACGGAAAUAGAAAAGGCCAAAAAAGUAUCAUCCUUAAAGCCGUUGCUAGCUUCGACACAUGGGUUUGGCAUGCCUUCUUUGGAGUUCCUGGAUCCCAAAAUGUCCUCAACGUGCUGGGUCAAUCCCCGGUCUUCAACGAGGUUUUGAGAGGCCAAGGCCCCAAUAUCACCUAUCAAGUCAACAAUACAGUCUACCAGACGGGGUAUUAUCUAGCUGACGGCAUCUACCCGAGGUGGACCACAUUUGUCAAAUCCAUUCCGAAUCCCCGAUCCCAGAAGCAAAAAUUAUUUGCUACCUAUCAAGAAAAAUACAGGAAAGAUGUCGAAAGCUGUAUCUACGCAACAAUGGCCUUGACACAAAUUUAUGAAAGGCCCAUGGGGCCAAGUGGAGAACCGUUUGAGCCGGACCCGUUGGUUAGGGAUGGUCGUUUCAUGACCCGUAUCAUAGAUCGAUAUACAGAGAUGCAAUCUUCGUAUAUUCAUGAAAGGCGUCAACUUGACUUGAUGGAGCAUCUACGGGCGGUGAAAGGCAAUGAAGAUGAAUGA